GUCUGUCUUAUCAUAAUCACGUCUCAACUUUCUGUCUAUCACAAUCAGUGUUCUCAGAAGACUUCAGGAGUCAAUGGAGGGUGGUAGUCUGAGAGCUAAAGAUUAGGUAGAGGAUCAGAGGCAGAGAGGAAGAGUGAGGUUGAUCGAUGAGAGCACAGUGAUUCGGCUCCCAUGGCUCUCUCUGUGCUCCUGCUGCUUCUUGCAGCGGUUGCUCAGGCUCAGAAAGCACCGACGGCGACGACUGAUCGGAUUGAGGCGGAGGCGCUGAAGGCUGUGUUCGAGAAGCUCGACCAGAAGGCGGAAUGGAACACCACCGGCGAUCCGUGCAGCGGCGCGGCGACGGACAGCACCGACAUCAACGACUCCAGCAUCAACCCGGCCAUCAAGUGCGACUGCUCCGACCAGAACAACACAGUGUGCCACAUCACCGGGCUGAAGAUAUAUGACAAGGAUGCAACUGGCCAGAUACCAGGAGAGCUGCGGAACCUCACACAUUUAACCCAUCUGUAUGAACUCUCGGAUUUCUUACGUGGAGUGGCCGUGCUCCAACUUCCAAGGCAUUGCUCAAACAUAGAGCAUGGUUAAUUAGUUUUUGGGACUUUUUUUUCUGCCAGGAAUUUGGGGUAGUUUGCUGUGUGAUAGUGCAUUCUCCACACGACUUUAUAUUUUGCCAAAGAUUGCACGCUCUUGUUUUAGUCUCCCCAUCAGAUCUCAUUUCAGUAGAGCUGUAGAGGAUUGCUACAAAGUUCAGUUGGGGUUACUGAUUACCAUCAUUUGUUAUGAUGGCUACUAUUUAUUAUAGGCUAUUGUUGUAACUUAAAAAGAGUUGCCAAGCUCAACACCAAAUUCAAUAAUGCCAUGGAACUUAGAACUCAAAUAAUCAUCUAAAAACUCAAAAAACAUCUCUUUUGGAUAUUCAAUAAAACUAAUAUUGUCGAUAUCUGAUUUGGUCUUGUUUCAGAAAUUUAUCACAUAAUUUUUUGGUAGGGACUAUACCAUCGUUCAUUGGGGAGUUGGCUGCUAUGCAGUACAUGACUUUUGGCAUCAAUGCAUUAUCUGGAUCUAUUCCAAAGGAGCUUGGUAACCUUACAAAUCUCGUAUCCCUGGGUUUCAGCUCAAACAAUUUUAGUGGUUCCCUUCCUUCAGAACUUGGGAGCCUGUUCAAACUUGAGGAAUUGUUCAUUGACAGUGCUGGCUUAAGUGGAGAGCUACCAUCAUCAUUAUCCAAGCUUACAAGAAUGAAAAUAUUGUGGGCAUCGGAUAAUAAUUUUACUGGGCAAAUACCGGAUUAUAUUGGGAGCUGGAAUUUAACAGACCUGCGGUUUCAAGGAAAUUCUUUUCAAGGUCCACUUCCAGCUAAUCUUUCUAAUCUUGUCCAAUUAACAAACUUGCGAAUUGGCGAUAUAGCAAGUGGAAGCUCAUCUUCACUGGCAUUCAUCAGUAACAUGACAUCUUUGAAUACCCUGAUUUUGAGGAACUGUAUGGUAUCUGAUAGUCUUGCAUUAAUAGACUUUUCGAAGUUUGCAAGUUUAACCUUACUGGAUUUGAGUUUUAACAAUAUCACUGGCCAAGUACCACAAACCUUGUUAAAUCUGAAUUUUCUUAGCUAUUUAUUUCUUGGAAAUAAUAAUCUUACAGGAAGCCUUCCAAGCUCAAAAAUACGUUCAUUGAGAAAUUUAGAUUUUUCUUACAACCAGCUUUCAGGAAAUUUCCCUUUUUGGGUUAGUGAGGAAGAUUUGCAAUUGAAUUUGGUGGCAAACAAUUUCAUGGUCAAUAUAUCCAAUAACAGUGCCUUACCUUCGGGGCUGGAGUGUCUUCAGCAAAAUACUCCGUGCUUUCUUGGUUCUCCACAUUCUGCCUCCUUUGCUGUGGACUGUGGUAGCACCAGAUUCAUAUCAGGCUCACGUAAUUCCAGCUAUCAAGCUGAUGCUACCAAUCUUGGAGCUGCAUCAUAUCAUGUUACAGAACCUUUGACAUGGGGUAUUAGCAACGUUGGAAAGUUCAUGGACACACCAAAUGGAACUACCAUAAUCAACAACGCGCGCCAGUUUCAGGCCACGCUAGAUUCGGAAUUGUUCCAAACUGCAAGGAUGUCGCCAUCAUCUUUAAGAUAUUACGGUAUUGGACUUCAGAAUGGAAACUAUACAGUCUCACUUCAAUUUGCAGAGUUUGGGUUUGAAGAUACAGAGUCUUGGAAAAGCCGAGGGAGAAGGGUUUUCGAUAUAUAUGUACAGGGUGAACGUAAGGAGAAGGACUUUGACAUCAAGAAGGAAGCAGGUGGUAAAUCUUACACUGCAGUUAAGAAGGAUUAUAUCGUUUCUGUCACCAGAAACUUCGUUGAGAUUCAUCUCUUCUGGGCUGGCAAGGGAACUUGCUGCAUUCCUACUCAAGGAUACUAUGGGCCCACUAUCUCAGCUCUGAGUUUAAGCCCAAAUUUCACCCCUACAAUUGGUAACGUGGCAGAACAAAACAGUAGUACUAGUAAAACAGUUGUAAUUGUUGCAGUUGCAAUUGGUGUGACAAUUUUAGGUUUGGUAGCACUUGUUGGAAUCUUUCUUUGGAGAAAGAAAAGGAGAAAGCUAUCACUGGAGCAACAAGAGCUGUACAGUAUUGUUGGAAGACCUAAUAUAUUCAGUUAUGGUGAACUAAGGUCCGCAACUGAAAAUUUUAGUUCCAGCAACCGUCUUGGUGAAGGAGGAUAUGGGGCAGUUUAUAAGGGUAAGCUAAUGGAUGGAAGGAUAGUGGCAGUGAAGCAGCUAUCUCAAACAUCUCAUCAAGGGAAAAAACAAUUCGCAACUGAAAUAGAAACUAUAUCCCGAGUGCAACACCGUAAUCUCGUGAAGUUGUAUGGUUGUUGCCUUGAAGGCAAUAAUCCACUGCUGGUUUAUGAGUAUAUGGAGAAUGGGAGCCUUGAUAAAGCACUGUUCGGAACUGAGAAAUUACAUAUAGGGUGGCCAGCACGCUUUGAAAUAUGCUUGGGCAUUGCAAGAGGUCUGGCUUAUCUUCAUGAAGAGUCAAGCAUCCGUGUUGUGCACAGGGACAUCAAGGCCAGCAAUGUCUUACUUGACGCCAAUCUCAAUCCUAAGAUCUCGGAUUUCGGGCUAGCCAAACUUUAUGAUGACAAGAUGACUCAUGUUAGCACAAAAGUUGCUGGUACAUUUGGUUAUCUUGCACCUGAGUACGCCAUGAGAGGACAUAUGACUGAGAAAGUUGAUGUGUUUGCAUUUGGCGUGGUCUUAUUGGAGACUUUAGCUGGCCGGCCAAACUAUGAUGAUGUGCUUGAAGAAGACAAAAUUUAUAUUUUCGAAUGGGUCUGGAGGCUGUACGAGAGCGAACGCGCCCUUGACAUCGUAGACCCAAACCUCACAGAAUUCAACAGCGAGGAGGUGCUCCGCGCCAUCCACGUGGCCCUCCUCUGCACCCAGGGCUCACCUCACCGGCGGCCGUCCAUGUCGAGGGUCGUGGCGAUGCUCACCGGCGACGCUGAGGUGGGCGAGGUGGCGGCGAAGCCCAGCUACAUCACGGAGUGGCAGAUCAAGGGCGGCGGCACCACCACCACCACCACCGGCUCCUCGUCCACGAGCAGCAGCGCCGCCAACGGGCAGUGGAGCUCGGCGCCGCCGCCGCCGAGGGCCACCUCCUCGCCGAAGAUGUCGUCGCCGUUCUUGAGCUCCGUCGUCGACGAAGGCAGGUGACGGCUUCGCGCCGCUGCUCGCCGGUGCUUGGUUCGGAUCAAACUUCUCAAGAAACGGGCAGAUAAUAGCGUCAAAAUACGUUGGUUUUUUAGGGACUCGAAAUAAAACCGCUGCUCAAAACCACGGGGGGAGAUAGAUUGUACCGGUUUUAAUAAUUAGGGAGUUAUCUCACACGGUUUUCCGGUCAAGACAUACAAA